AUUUACGACGCAUUGAGUUUAAUAAAUCGCACUGUUGUUCACCGUACGGGGUUUAGUAAGCUGCGCGCGCGCCGCACAAUAGGCAAGCACGGGCAAUACCGAGCAACCUUUGGAAGGAAACGCACGUGUUCCAAACAUAAAAUAUUUAAUUUUUAAAUUCUACCUCUACAAAAUGAAAAGUUUACUCUUUGUCGUCGGCCUGGCUGUCUGCGGACUCGUUUCAGGCCAAGAAUUUGACUGCCCAGAGAAGAGUGGAUUCUACCCGGACCCUUACCAGUGUGACCUUUAUUACAAGUGCAGUAAAGGUCAAUCAGAAGCAAGACUAUGUCCCGACGGCCUCGUGUUCUCAGACGAGAACCCGAGCAAGGAGCGAUGCGACAUCCCCUCAAACGUAGACUGCGGUGACAGGAAAGAAUUACAGGAGCCCAAACCAACCAAAGGUUGCCCACGCCAGAAUGGAUACUUCAAACAUCCUGACCCCCAGGCCUGCGAUAAAUUCUACUACUGCUCCGAUGGUAUCCCUAAUGAACUGCCGUGCCCUCCCGGCCUGUAUUUUGACGAGGAGACUUCCAACUGCGACUGGAAAGAAGCUGUCAACAGGCAAUGCGACAAAGUUACUAAAGAUGUCUUGGAUGACGGUUUCUCUUGCCCCGACGGUGAAGUGAUGGGGCCCAACGGCCGCGCCCUUCCUCACCCCACCUUCCCCCACCCUGAAGACUGCCAGAAGUUCUAUAUCUGCCGCGGAGGAGUCCAACCCCAAAAGGGCAGCUGUCCCUCAGGCAAGGUCUACAAUGAGGAUACAUUCAUGUGCGACGAACCUGAGAAAGUACCUGGAUGCGAAAACUUCUACGAAGGUCAACCUCUAGAGAAGAACAAAUUACCUAAGAAGGCGUGAAACGUGUCAUAAAUUAAGAUAUUUUAGGUUUAAUUUUUAAUAAAUUUUAUUAAUAUUUA